AUGAGGCGGACGGACUGGUCUCAAUUCCUCCUGGUCUUAAUAAUGCUAAUUGUGGUUCAACAAUCCGCUCAACGUUCCACCGAAGCCGCGGCCGAAACGCCGCACAAACAUCGGGCGAAAGGUAGGGUGGAUGAGGUUUGAUUUUCUUUGAUUGUUACCUAAAAGAGAAGAUAUAUUGAGUUGUUCAGAUAAUUCUGUGCCCCUUAACCACAAAAAAUGCUUUGCAAGGGACCUCAGAUUUUUUAAACAACUUUAUUAAGAUGAACCAAAAGUAGUGGGACAAUUUUCAUCUACUUUUUAACCAAAAUGUAUCCCAUCACUUUUGGUUCAAUCUAAUAGAAUGUUACCUAAAAUGAAGCCCUUUACAAUUGUUAGUAGUAAUGGCAGGGCACGGCUCCCCAAACCAUAAAAUCAAUCAAAAUAUAAAUUCGUCACCGAUCGUCUUUUUCGAUAAUUUUUGGCUGUAAAAGGGUCCAAACUUGACGGAUUUUCAUCGGGUUUGCUCCCAGAGAAGCAGAAAAACAUAAUUAAUAUUUUAAACAAAAUUUAAAAGUAAAACCAUGUGUUACAACGUAUACAUCGUGUGAUUUGAAAUAUAUUUUACAACAUUUUUGUAUUUUUUAUUUUUCGAAUCUAUAGUUGAGACAACGAAAUGUCUACAAUCGAUUUUUUAAUAAUUUUCUAUUUUUGGGGAGCCGUGCAGGGUAACAUUACUUUGGAGUAAAUUUAAAUACUUUUUGAACAAGCUUGUGCCAUUUUCAAGCUUUAAUUUUUCGAAACAUCUUGUACUUGUCAUUCUGCUGAAGUUUAGCUCACGUGACUUUUUGAAAACAUUUUUAAUUUGAUGUCACUUCAAAACAGCACAUUUUUGAUUUUUAGUUUAUUUUGCUCCAAAUGACAAGCAAAAUUACAUUUUAAAACGUUCUUGUAAAUCUAUGGCGCUUAGAUACCGUAUUUUACCUAAUCAUACCUUUAAGUUAGGUUAAAAGCAUUGAGCGUUAACCUUAGGCUUAAAAUCUUUACGGCUAGCCAAUUCUAAUUUCGCUAAAAAUAGUUAGUUCUUUGUUAUAUCUAACUAUUUUUAUAUUCUAAUUAAAAACCUUAAUCUUUACGUAGUAUUUUUAGUUUUUCCGCCAAAAAAGGUUUAAAAAUUACCCUGAGGGCGUUUUGUGGAUUUGCAUAAUCAGUUAUGUCAUUUCUGGUUGAACAAGUUUUUUCCGCUCUUAACUUUGAUGUUCCAAUAAUAGUGGCAUUACGACAGCUUUCAAGUCAAAAAUAAAAUCAAAAUUACUGUAAACAAAAGGUCAAGUUAGGUGUUGAAACAUGGGUAUAUUAAUCUAUAGUACUGAAACUAUACUAUUAAAGAUACCAUUAUAUAAGUACCUUAUAUAAUAGUAUAUUUAAACACCAACAUCCCCAACAAACAUUCCCUGACACACCGUGACGAAAUUUCAUUUAAACCUUGAAAUUCAAGAGUCAUUCGGACAUUAAGACAAGUAUCAAGUUACGUCGUCCUGACAUGUCAUCAAAGUUCUUACAGAAUGCGACAAAUGCGAUCUUCGGUCGUCGUAUUGUAAGCAAUGGGAGAACGGCAACUACACUUGUGAAUGUCGGAAUGGCUUCUCGAGGAACGUGGUUACCGGUCGAUGUGUGAUUGAAGACGAGGUUGAGGAAGAGCUGAAAUUGUACACAGAGAAUGGGGAUCAAUGUAUAUUGGGACAAGCGGAGAAGCAUGCUACAAGGUAGAAUAGCAGAUAGUUGGUAUAUACUUUAUAGGUUUUGUUAUAUAGUAUUUGGGUGUUCAAAUAAUUCUGUGCCCCUUCUUAUAGCAAAUUUUUAAUUUGAAAAAGCACAUAAUUAUUUGAACAACCUAAUAUGUUGAAUUAAAGUAAUAAUUCCCUAUGUCAUCACUAUCAUUUCCAGAAUCCUAACCGACAUUCUCCAACGCUACGACCGCAACCUCGUACCCAAAAUCUCAGGUGUCGAUGUAGACGUAGAACUUUUGAUCCAAAAAGUCACAGAAAUCAACGAAAUCACAUCCUCCUCUAAAAUGGACAUUCUCUUCUCUCAGAUCUGGCACGAUCCAGGGCUGAGUUUCGAGAAUCAAGAAGGCGCCCAAUGUGUAGCCAAUCUCUCGUUGUCACAUCGGAUGGUUGAGAGUAUUUGGCUCCCAAAUGUGUGCUUGGUCAAUUCGAAAGGAGCUGGUGUUCAUUCUUCACCCACGCCCAACAUAUUUUUGGCUAUUCUGCCAAAUGGCACGAUUUGGAUGAACUACCGAAUUGUUGUGGAAUCACCGUGCACUUUCGAGUUUACCACGUUUCCGGUGGGUUUUUUUGAAAAGUUUGAUCUUUUUGGCUAUUUCUAGGUUGUUCAUAUAAUUAUGUGCCUCUUUGCAAGGCAAGUUUGCGGGGUUAAGGAGCACAAAAUUAUUUGAACAAAAUAGGGUCUAUUUCACAAAAAUUUUAAAUGGGGUCUGUUUCACAAAGAAUUGAAAAAAUUUUAAAGUAAAUGACAUUUCUGGGUCAAUGUUAUAGCAGUAUAUUGUUAUAAGCAACAAAAAGAGACGAAAAAACUUCUGCAGCUCUAAAAAUGAAACACAAAGCCAAGGAAGCGACUCUUUCCUUUAAAGAAUCUUUUUCAAAUCUAAACUUAAGUUUAAACUUCCUUCUGAUAACAUACUUUAAUUUUAGCUUCCUUGUGAUUAAACUGAAGUUUAAACUUUCUUAUGAGCUAUUUUUUAAAUCCAAAUUAAAAAAUUUUUGUUUUUAUUUAUGGCUCAUGAAAAUGUGACAAGUUUUGUCUGUUAUUCACGUUCGUAUCUGAAGAAUGUGCUUCCAAAUGUAUGAAUUCUUUUCAAGCAUUGUUUUCCAGAUAUUAACAUUGCUUUUUCGAAGAAUUUGGAGCAGAUUUUAAAUUGCAAACUUGAAUUUUUAUGAAAAACAUAACAGAAAAUUAAAUUUUAGGUUGUUUUUGAUAAAAUAUUAGGUAUUACAAAUGUUUUUUUAAUAAAAUUUUAAGUAAUAAAAAGUCUUGUCGUCAAUUUACAUUGUUUUUCACGUAAAAAAACGGCGUGAUUUUUUGGCAGCUUUAUAUAGCAAACAAAUCUUUAUAUUAUGUUAUACACGAGGGGGAGAAGCUUGAAUCACAUCACUAUACAAUGUAAUAUUCAAAACAAACCUUAAUAAUAAAUUUAUUCAUUAUAACACUGAAACUAAAUCUUCAGAUGGACCAAGUCGAAUGCACAACGGUCUUCGAGAGCUAUUCCUUCAACGUGGGCAAGGUGCGCUUGUUCUGGAAACGCCAAGGCAUACCGGUGGAAAUCAUUGGCGAUAUCAACCUUCCCGACUUUAUGAUGACUCACUUUGUUCACGAAAAAGCUACAUUCCAUUAUCCGGCGGGUGUGUGGGACCAGGUAAGGAGAAUAUCUGCUCUUUACCGGGUGUGUGAGGCUAGUUAAGGCUAAUAUACGGUCUGUGGUGGGUGUGUGGGACUAGGUAGAGCCAAUCUCCAUCCUUUAACUGGCGUGUGGAACCAGAUAAGGCCAAUCUCCGUUCUUUGCCCAGUGUGUGGGACCAGUUAAAGCCUGAUAACGGUGUCAGCUGGCCCUCCACAAAUAUUAUUCUUGGCCCGGCGAUCGAUCCGUCAAUCAAACAUCGAAAUUCGAAAUGACAAGCGCGAAAUGUUUCGUUAAAAGACGAAAGAAAGUGUCGCUUAACUAUGAUUAAUUGGCGUUAUGCCAGAACACGUGCCGCUUUUUGAGGAACGUGAAAACAAAAAUAGUACUGACAUGGAUAAUACACUGAAAUUUUGACGAAUUUAGUAAAUAAGGGUACUGUAACAUUACACAUUAAAAAGCCCCAAGACUUUAUUGGCAUCCUUAUAUACCCCAAAAAAUCAAUAUAAUCAUCAAUAACAAUAUCCUUUUUCAGCUGAGCAUCAAAAUCUUUUUCCGACGAUCGUUCGGCUUCUACAUUCUCCAAAUCUACAUGCCCACCUAUUGUAUGGUAUUUAUUUCAUUCAUUUCGUUUUGGCUUGAUCGCCGCUCCUUACCAGCACGGGUCACUUUGGGUGUAUCAUCUUUGAUGGCCCUUACUUUACAGUACAGUAACAUUGCCAGGUCACUUCCGAAGGUAAGUGCUUUUUAAGGGUGUGGUAAAUUUUACUCUCUAGAGCCGAAGCUUAAAUUUUGAAAAUAACCGGAGCCGGAGGUGAAACCGUGGCCGGAAAUUUUAAAUUUGGGGACCCUUGUUAUAAAUUUUUAAAAUUAAAAAUCUAAAUCAGAAGUCGAAAGUAUAAAAAAUGACGAGUCUUCAAUGGUGUAUAUUAAUAUCGAAGUGAUUGUGCAAGUUUGAUGGCUAUACAUUGUAAAGCAACUUUUUCGUAUGAAUUUGAAAACGAUUAAGAUAAAACAAUGCAAAAAAUUUUAAAAAAAAUUUUUAAGCCUUAAAUUUCAUGAUCUUUACAAUUUUGUAGGUAUUACUCAAAAAACGUUUUAAUUUGGGGAUUUCUUGAAAAAAUACAUAAUUGGACUAUCUACAAUAUCAAGUUAUAACAAUUUUACUAUACCUCCCAUUAAAUAGAGGAUUUACUAUACCUCCCACUAGACAGAAACUCCCACAAAAACCCUUCUAAAAUGACGUUGUUUCAGGUCAGCUACGUCAAAGCCGUGGACGUCUUCUCAUUCGGCUGCUUAGCCUUCAUCUUCUUAACCGUGGUGGAGCUCGCUGUAGUGGGCUCUUUGGAGAAGCGCUUCAAGCGCGACUUCCAACCGGUCGAAUACUUUGAAACGGGUAAUACAAACAAAGAUUUGGCACGGCGAGCAUUCCAGAAGGCCAUCGGAGAGCGACAGAGCAAUCCGGUAAGGAUUCUUCGAAAUGGAUUCACAUUUAGCGAAAGUUCAUAACAUUUCUAGAUGGUUGUGUAUAUGAUACUAUAUUAUAAUAGUACAGAUAAUUAAAAGAUACUGUCUUAAGAUAGUACAGGUCUUAUCCUUAACGAAGCAAACAACAAAUUUUACUUGAAAAACAAAAAAAGUUUGAAAAAGUAGGGUAUGGAAAAAUUACUGUAAUCUCAAAACUACGCAAAAUUUUUUUUCCUUUUCAGCGAUACCGCCUCCGACGAAUAGACAGUAAUAGUAAUACGGGCACGGCUUCGACAGAAUGGAAGAAGAGUACCUGGGCUAACCUCGAGGACGCCACCUUCGUGGAAUGUCCUCAAACCGACACAGGCGGUGGUGAUGAUCUCAUACCCAACUCACCUUCAGCACGAUCUCUCCCCUCCUCGCGUACCGGUGCUCGAGGCGGAUCUUUUUGGAAAAAAUCGUUUCGACGGAAAGGCGCGGUCAAAGCCGUCACCCCCAAACUGUUCGAUAAAUGGUCGGGCGAGGAUUUGGACAGGUAAAUUUUUUUAACAAUCUUACUUAUAAACUAUCCUAUUGGCCUCUUUUAAAUGUUAAAAUAACUGUGGUAGACAUAAAUACUUCAAAAUAGGUAAAAAGUUAACAAAAAUUACAUUAUCCAUGACAAAUAAAGUUUCUUGAUUAGGAAAUACUUUCAAUUUUCAGAUUUUGCCAAAAACUAUUCCCCAUCACAUUUGCCAUUUGCAACCUCAUCUACUGGUUAUACCUCUCGGCCAAAUCUCGAUAA